AUGGCUUCUGAGCAAUUUAAAGAUACCGAGCCGCUGCGUGACUCACAAUCGUCAGAUUCGGUCUCGACGCCUUCAUCCGGACACUCCGUGGAGCCUGUCAAGUACAAGUCCAAUAAUCCAUUUGGAAAUCAAGAUUACCCCAAGAAUCCAUGGCCACCACAAUCCCAAACGGAAAUUACCACUCAAUUGGAGACUGAGGUAGUCCUGCCUCCUUAUCAGGCAACAACUAUUUCCCGUAGCCACUUGGUUCGGUUUCCUUUCAAGACCUCCAACAGAAUUUUGGAUGAUCUCAAGUUCUCACCUGCUCUCUUCAGAUUCAAUGGCCGCCAAGCCGCAUCAACCGAGGUAUCAUCGCUUCUAAAUUCAAGGCCGGUGCAAUAUAGCAAGAUAUUGUCAUCUGUGUUGUCACAUUCUGGGCUGCAGACUCUAGUGUUGAACAAUGCCGUAAAUUACAUUCCAGCAGUGACCAAGGUCGACUUCGACAGCAAAAACGUCACCGUCACCACUAUCCGAGGAUUGGUGGUUAGCAGAGACAUGAAAGAAAUUAGCCACUUCAAAGUGGUGGUCCUAGAAAGAACAUCUCGGUCUCCUUUCCCACUGGUUGAUAAGCAGGAAUACCAUGUAGUGCCCAAAGACUUGGUUUCACAGGAUGAUCUUAACAUAAUGUCCGACAAGUCCACACAGGCACUGAAUCUUUUGGACGAUGCCUUUUUCGUGAGUCUCAAUAGUCCAUUGAAUCACAUAAUGAGAGUCCUGGUGUAUGACACUGAGUUUAGUGCUGAUGACUUGAAACCUUUGAUAGACGAUGAUGUCAUCAGAGAGCGCUAUUUGAAAGGAGUUGAAGGAAACCCAGAUUCGAACCUCGAAACUGAUCAGAUUCCUAGUCCAGUACACUGUUUUCAGACCCUUCUCAAAGUUCUCAAGGGUCCUAUCUUGCUCCCGGCAGAAGAUCCUAUUCACACCAUCAGUAAGCUGAAAACUUCCUUGGAUGCCAAAAUAUGCUUGAACUUACUCUUUGACAAGCUAGAUUUCAAAUUGGGCGAAGAUGGAGACAACUUAAUACCUCCUAAUCUCUCGGCAAAUCUUCCCUUGAAGGAAAGCUACAUCAGAAAAGCAUACGAGCUAGUGUUCAUCGGAAAGAACCUUAAAUCAAAGAAAUUGAACGAUUUCGAUGUUACUUACUCUUUUAGUGACAAUUUGUCUCAAGUUCACUCGGCAUUAGCCGAAGUUGACAAGCAUUCGGCAUUGACUAUGGGUAGAACGGAUGGCUGCAAUAAGUUCCCCUUCUUCAUCAACUUGAGUUGCUCCACUUUCUACCAGGAUGAAUUGAUCAUACGAUGUUACGAAAAUACUGUUAGUUCUGAUCCCAAGAAUAAGAUCCAUUACGUUGAUUCGUUUAAGAACAUUAUGAAUUACAGGUCCUCGAACAAAUCCUCGCGAUUACUGUCAUACUAUAACAACCAGUAUAUGAAGGGACGUAUGUAUGGAUUUUCUGAUUUCAAGGCGCUGCUCCGAGCACUCAAGGUUGAAGGAGUAGAAGCGGACAUGGUGGUUGAUCCAGAGGUGAUCAUUGAAAUGUACAAAACCUCGUGUAAGUCUGAUCCAAAGAACUACACUUACUAUAAUAAGCAACUUCGAAUUAUUGCUGGCAUCAUUAAUUCAUCGACUUUGUUCGACUAUAUUGGUAACGAAUUAAUUCCGACGCAAAUUGCCUUGGAUGAAAUGCGCAUUGAAGAGGUCACAGAGGAUGAAGUUGUUGUCACUGCUUUCGAGUUUAGGUUGGAUGAAGUCAUGCAAUCAGUGAACUUCGACAAAAGCAACCCAGAUGUUACCUUCUUGCAAAAGUGUUUGCUUUCAAUCGCCGUGGGUAGGAAGAGUUACAUUUUAAUGAACUACAUCGAGACCAAGCUUCCAGAGAUGAUACGUGACUACCAACUAACUUAUUGUGAUGCUCUCAAAGUUUUGGAAGUCCUGCAAGAUACUAAUGAGUUCGAAAUCAUCUCUAAUUUCCAAGGGAAAUUGUCCGAGUCGAAGUUCGGUGACAACGUUGACAUUCGAGCAUUGAGAGAGGCCUUCCAAAAGAUCGCUGAACAAAAGAAGUCAGAAAUUAUGCUUAGCUUCUUGAAGCAGGGCAAAAUUGAUUCUUCUUUGCUUCCCCCCGAGAAUUGGCCAACAGGACUUGACAACAUUGGAAACACUUGCUACUUGAAUUCCUUACUUCAGUAUUAUUUCUGCAUUAAGCCUUUGAGGGAAACAGUCAUUGGGUAUGACAAAAAUGUACUUUCUAAGAAUCAUGAGCGACGUAAGGUUGGUGGCCGUUUCGUUGAAGAAUCAGAAUUCGACAGAUCAUUGCAAUUCAUUUACAGGCUUCGAGCUCUUUUUGAAGAAAUGAUAACUACAAGGAAAAGAUGCGUACAGCCCAGUAAGGAGUUGGCAUAUCUUUCAUUCUUACCACUUUCGCAACCAGUUUCUUUCAAACCAAAUGAUCAAGAAGUUAUUAUCAUUGAUGAGGACAUGGAUUCGGAUAAGGAGAACGGGGCAAUCGUACUCCGCUCUAAGUCUCCUGAAUCUAUUGAUAUGCAACUGGAUGAGCAAGUGGAUGACUUGAUAGAAAUGGUCGAUGACCAACAAGAAAACAACAGGGCCUUGAAACUUGAAUCAACUGAAAACUUGAUUGAUAUUGAUGAGCUUGCGCAUGUUGAGAACGCUGAGUUAGAGGGUACGAAAAUUUUGAGUAUCAGCCAAGACCAAAUCGAUAGCACUAUUGAAGUGGGCAGACAGCAGGACGUCACUGAAUGUAUUGAGAACGUUACUUUCCAAAUCGAGACUGGUCUUGAGCCAGAGAGAUUAGAAGAUGAUGGUGAACUGUACGAUCUUAUCAAGAGGCUUUUCAGUGGUAAAACUAAGCAAACUAUCACGCCUCUCGAUGAAAGCAAGAAUCAGAAAGCAAGGAGCUCGUUUGAAAGGUUUUUCAGUCUAAUCAUAAACGUUGGUGAUCAUCCCAAGGAUAUAUAUGAUGCGUUGGAUAAUUAUUUUAACGAGGAUGUGGUGAAUCUCGAGGAAGGUGAAGUCAAGAAAUCGCAAACCAUCUCCGAAUUGCCGGAGAUUCUCCAGUUCCACAUUCAGCGAGUGUUAUUUGAUCGUGAGAGACUAGUCCCUUAUAAGUCGUUAGAAGUUAUUCCAUUUGGAGAGAACAUUUAUCUUGACAGAUACCUCGAGACUGAAGAUGAAGAAAUCAAAGCAAAGAGGCAAGAAGUGUUUGAAUGGAAAUCGCAGCGAAGGGAUCUUUAUUCUGAAAAAGAAGCUAUCUUACGAGUGGAUCCGGAAACUAAGCUAUCGGUUGUGGAUGCGCUCAAGGCCACCUUGAAGUAUCUUGAGACCAAAGUUACACCGAAUGAUGAAUUUGAAAUCAGUCAAGAUACAAUUGAAGUGAUUAGACAGCAAAUCGAGCAAUUAAAGAGUCGACUCCAAAAGGUGAACUCCAAAAUAAUUGAGCUAGAGGAUAAAAUCUCGUCUCAGUUCAGCUCAUACCAGAAUGUUGGUUACUCUCUCUUUGCUAUCUUCAUACACAGAGGAGAAGCGUCGUACGGGCACUACUGGGUGUACAUCAAAGAUCCACACAAGAAUGUCUACAGGAAGUACAAUGAUGAUAAUGUGACUGAGGUUCCAGCUUCGGAAGUUCUCAAUUUCACUGAGACUAACACUGCUACGCCAUACUAUGUUGUGUACGUGAAGGAUAACUUGGAAAAGGAUUACAUUGAGCCACUUAAAAGGGAAAUUGUCUGA